GUCACACUGAAGGCGUUUUCCGGUCUUCUGCAACCACGCUUCUUACUUCUUGUGUGUUUGUGUUCUUCAGCAUUUCGGCUGUUCAAGGUUCAAGGUUCAACCAUUCAAUCUGUACAACCGCGAAGCUCGCCUUUGAAACUAAAAAUGGAGGGAUGUAGUUAUUAAGAGAAGAAGAAAGCAUGUGAUGUUAAAAGCCUUGAACAAGAGACGGCUUACAAAAACCGGCGGCUGGAUGAAGUGGAAUAUAGGUAUGAACAAAUGCAUGCAAAUUUUCGCAAAGUUACCAUUGGGCUUACAUCUAAGCUUAUUACAAGCGACACAAGCCUCAAGGAGAAGGAGCUGAUGUACCAAAUAGAGAUUUCGUCAAGGGACAUACGAUUGCUUGAGAUGGAGCGGAAGUACAAGGAGACCUGCCAAGGAUUCGAACAAUUGCUGGCCCAGAAAGAUUCAGAGAAAAGAAGCUUAAUGGAUCAAAUUGAAGAGCUUAAAGUGAAGUUGCAAAGUCAAAAUCCUUCAGAAGGAGAUAGUGAUUUAACUGCUGAGAUCACUGAACUAAAGAACCAGUUAGAGGAAAACAAAGAAGCACUGCAACAUUCGGAAAGCCUGAAUCAAACACUGAUGCUUAAAGAGUCCAUCAGUAACCAAGAGCUGCAAGAUGCUCGCAAAGAAUCGAUCAGUGUUUUGCAAGAUAUGUUGGAUGGCCGAACAGCACUUGCUAUUAAAAGAAUGGGUGAAAUUGAUAUAAAAGCUUUUCAACAUGCAUGCUCACUGAAGUUCACUGAUGGAGACUGGCAGGCAAAAUCUGCUCAAUUAUGUUCAUCAUGGGAAGAACAUCUGAGGGAUCCUCACUGGUCUCCUUUCAAGAGAGUCAGCAUCCGAGGCAACCUGCAGGAAGUAAUAGACGAUGACGAUGAAAAAUUGAAAACAUUAAGAAAUGAAUAUGGGGAAGUUGCAUAUGAGGCUGUGACCAAUGCAUUGUUGGAGCUGAACGACUACAAUCCGAGCGGGAGAUUUCCUGUGGCCGAGAUUUGGAACUCAAAGGAAAGAAAGAGAGCCACCUUGAAAGAAAUAAUUGGAUACCUAAACAAACAAUUGAAUAAGCGUAAAAGAAAGAUAGUCUAAUAUUUGAAUUAGAUAUUUGCAUUACGAGUAUGUUUACAAUCUGUCUAAUUUUCUAGGCUGUUCGGAUUUGCUUUUCAAACAUUAAAAAAUUAUGGAUUGUCAUCAUUUUGUCAUAGAUUAACUAAGCCAAUACUUAUUUCAACCCA